UCCCUCGCCAAUCUACUCACUUAAUUCUUAACACAUUACAAUUUUCAUAACUAACAAAUACUCGUACACAAAAGGGAGUUAAUGGCGACAUUAAUGUUGAAUUCAUCCAUCUCCUACAAGCAAAGAGAAAUAGUCAAGGCCGCCAUCAACAUCCCAAGGCGGGUCGCCAGAAUCAAGAUUCCGGGGCUCCGAACUGGAGGAUUCCCGGAGCAAACGGAGAAGCCUCUCAAAAUCAUCACCCUCGUCGAAAACGGAAACCCUAACCCUAACCAGCCGGAUCCGACCGUGGUGGCGAAGCUUUACGCGAUCAUGGAAGCAGUCGCGGAUCGAGUGGAGAUGCACAGGAACGUCGGGGAGCAGCGCGACAACUGGAACAGCCUUCUUCUGACUUCGAUCAACUCCAUGACUCUCGCCGCCGCUGCCAUGGCUGGGAUCGCCGCCGCCGCCGGCGGUUCCCCCGCCGCGGCGCUGAAGAUCUCCUCCACCGUCAUGUACGUGGCAGCGACUUGUAUGCUCUCGGUGAUGAAUAAGAUCCAGCCUUCUCAGCUAGCGGAAGAGCAGAGAAACGGCGCCAGGCUGUUCAAGCAGCUCCACAAUCAGAUCCAGACCGUUAUAUCGAUGGGGAAUCCGACGGCAGCGGAUGUGAGAGAGAUGAUGGAGAGAGUGCUGGCUCUGGACAAGGCAUUCCCGCUCCCUCUCCUGGGCGCGAUGCUAGAGAAGUUCCCGGCGGCCGUGGAGCCGGCGGUGUCGUGGCCGGAGCAGAGGAGGAGGAAGGCGAUUUCGAGAGGAAACGCGGGUUACAACGGGUGGAACGGAAAGUUGGAGGAGGAGAUGAGACAAGUGAUUAGGGUUGUAAGAGUAAAAGACAAGCAAGACUACUUGAGAUUAGGUGAGAAGGCGCUGAAACUGAACAAAUUUCUGGCGGUUACAGGCCCCGUGCUGACGGGAUUAGCCGCCCUAGGCAGCGCCCUAGUGGGCGAGUGCAGGUGGGCGGCGGCGGUGGCGGUUGUGGGCGGCGCGUUGGCGAGUGUGGUGAACUCGUUGGAGCAUGGGGGGCAGGUGGGAAUGGUGUUCGAGAUGUACAGGAGCAACGCGGGAUUCUUUAAGAUGAUGGAGGAAUCGAUAGAGUGGAACUUGAAGGAAGGGGAUCUGGAGAGGAGGGAGAAUGGGGAGGUGUUUGAGAUGAAGGUGGCGUUGCAGCUGGGGAGGAGCUUGUCGCAGCUCAGGGAUCUCGACGUUGAUGAAUUUGCAAGCAAGCUUUUCUGAUCAUGCAUGCUCUAAUAUAUUUGUAUAUAGCUAACUCAUCCACCAAAUUUACUGGCAUGUAUGUAGAAUCUCAACCAAUCACCAAUUCUUUCAUUCAUUUCAACUUAUACAUAUCUUUAUGAAAUUGAUCGGUAAUUCCACGUGGAAUUUUUUAGGAUA